AGAGAUUCAAGAGGUAGAAAAGUAAAAAGGAAACGAAAGCAAAAGAAAGGAAAUGUUAGAGAAAAGAAAAAGAAAAAGAAAAAGAAAUGUCAGGAUUUAUUUCAACUUUUAGGUUUCUUUUCUUUUCUUUUUCUUUUGUUUUUGUUUUUUUUUGUUCUUUCCUCUCCUCUCCUUUCGUAUCCUUUGCACUUUUCACUUUUCACUUUUCGCUUUCAAACUCUUUUUAUUCUUUUUUCUUUUACAAAACCAAACCAAAGCAAACCAAAAAAACUUACCAAAAAAAGGAGAAAAUUUUUUCUACCAAAAAAAGUGAAUGUGGUAAAAGUAAGAAAUCCGAAGAUGGAAAAUAUUUUUGUAAUGUAUACGGAGAAAACAGAGAAUCCUCACAAAAAAGUGGGAUGUGAGAUAAAUGGAUUAAGUUUCGUUAAAAACAGAAACAAAAAUCACAAAAGACAAUAAAAAAAAAUUAAUGAAUAAAAAGAAUACGAAAAAAUUCCAAGUACAGACAAUGGCAACACUGUUGGCUGUAAUUCUUGGAGUGACGAUGUUAUGAUGGGAUGUCGUUGUUUGAGGGAAGCAAGUUUCAUAUGUUUCGAUCGUUGCCUUUUUAUAUGACUCUGGUUGAUGUAAUAAAGAAAGAAAACGGUUGUGUAGUAUCGAACAACACUUGCAGCAGCGACCGGGAUCGGAAGAACAAAUUCGCGCAGCGUAGCAGUGUAACAAUGUAAGAAUGGAGUUUUUUUUUUUUUUUUUUUCACGAUCCCUUUUUCGCGGGUCUUUGUUUUGAAAGGAAACUACAAAGACGAAUACUAGUUGAAAGAGUUGAAAAAAGACUUGAAGAAAAAAGAAGAAUUAUUUGAUUGGAUUUUGUUUGAUUUAUUUUAUUUUAUUUUUUACAAUGGAUUUCAUUUGAAUUGAAUCAAAUUGAAUCAAAUUGAAUUAAGAUGUGUCUGGUUUGGUUUUCUUUGUUUAUUGCGACGGCGGCUGAAUGACAGGGGAAAAAGAUGAAAACGACGCCAAAAGACAAAUGACACUGUUUCAAGGGGGAAGGAAAGUGAGAAAAUGAGAAUGAAAAAGAAAAUAAAAAACGUGAAUUAUUUAUAAAAAAAGAAAAGAAAAGAAAUCCUCAACAAAACGAGAAAACUACAAAAAAAAAAAAGAAUCGACGAAUUUUUUAAAAUCGCAAAUUCAACCAAAGUAACAACAAACAACAACAACACCGGAAAAACAUGACGCAAGGGUGAAAAGGAUCAAUUCUUGCGGGACCGGAUCUAAAAGCCAGUCAAAAAGAAUGAUAAAAAGUGAUGAAAUUUAUCAAGGGAUAAACGUAAGAUAGAAAACGAUGAUUGGUAAAUGAGUCGGAAGAAUGUAUCGGGAUAAAAGAAACCAACCAAUCAAAAAGAAAAAGAUCAAGUGGGACAAAGACAGAGUUUAUCAAUGACAAAUGACGAACAAGAAAGAAAGAAAACGUGGGUGUGAGAUUCGAGACAAGAGACGGAGACGAAAAGUGGAGUGUGGGUUGAACAAAGAAAGGGACGGGACGUAGGGAAGGAGAGAGAUGAAAAUGACUAAAGAAAUAAGAAGAAAUGAAAAAAAUAAUGAUGAAGAUGAUGAAGAAAAAAAAAGCGUUUCAACCACAUUCUUUUAUUUACCGAGGUUUUCCUUCAUGUGAUUCCCUCGUGAAACCAAGUUACCAAUCAUUUGUGUCAAAUGAAUGUUUUCUCCGCAUUCCUUCUCCAAUGACAAGUUCAGCAACUUUAAGGUAUUUAGGAACCGAGGUGGUUGUUUUCAGCAUGGUAAAGUAUAGGCCUGAUGAAGAGAACGAAGCAGGAAAACAGCUCUGUGAGCCUUGGAGUUGUGCUGGUUGAAAGUUGGGAAAGUUGGGUCGCUAGCUUGCGUCGCUCUUUACAACUAAAGUUGAAAUUGAAAUGAAACUUUUAUGAAAUUCGUCUCUCUCUCUCUCUCUCUCUCUCGUCUUUGCCGACUCUCUCCAUUCUCCUACCAACCUAGGUGAAACAAGACCCCCACAGCAAAUAUCAAAGUCCUUUGUGGGGACAUUUCGAAAAACAAGUCAAUCCAACUUGCAAGUUUUUGUACCCCCAUUUUGUACCCCCAUUAGGACCUGUUCCCACAGAACCAUGCCCCCACAAAGGACUAUGGGGGCACGCUUCCUACUAUAGAUAUAUGUUCCAAUGGGGGUUGAUAUGCAUUUGUUUGUUAGUUUUUAUAAAAUUAUUUUAAAAUCAGAAUUAAUAUGAAAAUAAAAAUAAAAAAAAAAUAAAAAAAAAUAAAAUAAUCUAGUCCAUUCCUCUCUUGCUUGUUGCUUUUCUU